GUAGGCGGCCUGGGCGCGGGCCGCUGCCCCCGCCAGCCGGUACCGUUUGCACCGGGUGGGGUCCCGACCCACGGCCCGUUUGCACCAGGGGGCUCCCGACCCUCGGCCCGUUUGCACCAGGGGGGGACCCGACCCACGGCCCGUUUGCACCGGGGGCUCCCGACCCUCGGCCCGUUUGCACCGGGCCCGCGUGCCGCCCCGUCCCCAGCCCCGCCGGGCGUGGGCAGCGGCCGUCCCGCGUCCCCCGGGCCAUGGCCCUGGCCGCUGCCCUCGGGCGGGCGCUGCGCCGCGGGCUGGCCGGCCGGGCGCUGGACGCCCGCGCCAGGGCCUUCCUGGAGGCCAACACCGAGGUGACCAGCCAGGGCAGCCUCACCCCCGAGAUCCGCCUGCGCCUGCUCACGCCCCGCUGCAAGUUCUGGUGGGAGAGGGCCGAGCGCUGGCCGCUCGCGGACCCCUACUGGGCCAUCUACUGGCCCGGAGGCCAGGCCCUGUCCAGGUUUCUCCUGGACAACCCUGAGGUGGUCAGGGGCAAGUCCGUGCUGGACCUGGGCAGUGGGUGUGGAGCCACGGCCAUUGCUGCCCAGAUGAGCGGGGCGUCGCGGGUCCUGGCCAACGACAUCGACCCUGUUGCAGGAAUGGCCAUCGCACUGAACUGUGAGUUGAACGGACUCAACCCUGUGCCCAUUUUAACCCAGAACGUUCUGGAUCUGAAACAAGAGCCCUGGGACGUGGUGGUGCUCGGAGACAUGUUUUAUGACGACGCUCUGGCGGACGGGCUGGCGCGGUGGCUGGAGCGCUGCUUCCGUGCCCACGGCACUCGCGUUCUCAUCGGCGACCCCGGGCGCGCCCAGUUCCGUGGACACAGCGUGCGGCGGCAGGCACACUGCGUGGCCGAGUACGAACUGCCCGAGCCCACGCGGCGGGACAACAACGGGCUGACCUCGAGCGCCGUGUGGGACUUCCGGCCUGGGCCCUGAGCCCCGGGCAGGUGGUCCUCGGUGAGCUGGCAGCCUGAGGGGGUAUCACCGGGCACGACGAAGUCAGGGAGGGCCCGUCCUGGGGGACACUGUUCUGUGCCUUCAGGUGAAUCAAAAUAAAGACGAUCA